GCCUCUGGUCCCACGUGCCAUGGCGCUCUUCGAGCAGAUGCGGGCGAAUGUGGGGAAGCUGCUGAAAGGCAUCGGCAGGUAUAACCCAGAGAACUUGGCUACACUGGAGCACUAUGUGGAGACCCAAGCCAAGGAGAAUGCCUAUGACCUGGAGGCGAACCUGGCUGUUCUCAAACUGUAUCAGUUUAAUCCUGCCUUCUUCCAAACCACGGUGACGGCCUGGAUCCUCUUGAAAGCGCUGACCAACCUGCCUCACACAGACUUCACGCUUUGCAAGUGUAUGAUCGACCAGGCUCAUCAAGAAGAGAGACCGAUCUGUCAGAUCUUAUACCUGGGUGAGCUGCUGGAGACCUGCCAUUUCCAAGCAUUCUGGCAAGCACUGGAUGAGAACAUGGAUCUCCUGGAUGGGAUCACUGGAUUUGAGGAUUCUGUAAGGAAGUUCAUCUGCCAUGUGGUGGGGAUAAUGUAUCAGCACAUUGACCGCUGGCUUCUGGCAAAGAUGUUGGGUGACCUCACAGACAACCAGUUGAAGUCCUGGAUGAGCAAGUAUGGAUGGACGGAGACAGAGCCUGGGAAAAUCUUUAUCUGCAACCAGGAGGAGAGCAUCAAACCCAAAAACAUUUAA